UUUUCUCUUGUCCGCCAUCCUAUGUGCGGUUGGAUUUGCUCCUCGUCAUGUCUUCUCACAAGACUUUCAGGAUCAAACGAUUCCUGGCCAAGAAACAAAAGCAGAAUCGUCCCAUUCCCCAGUGGAUUCGAAUGAAAACUGGUAAUAAAAUCAGGUACAACUCUAAGAGAAGACAUUGGAGAAGAACCAAGCUGGGUCUAUAAGGAGCCUCACAUAUGAAGUGGCACACAUAAUCAGAACAUCACUAGUGUCUGGAACAGCUAGCUGCCUGUGUUUGAUGCUCUCUCCUCUUUUCUUGAUCUUUCCUCACCACUGCUCACUGUGUAGCUCAGUAAUAAACAUGUGAACCUUUUGUUGGAACUGUUA